AUGUUAGAUGCUGUGUACAUCCGACCGUCAACAUCCCCUCACUAUGCUCCCACUUUCAGCAUCAAGAAACGUGUCGGUUGGAGAAUUGUACAUGACUACAGGGCUUUCAAUCUACACUGUUCGAAGAACUAUGCCGAUACCAAGGAAAGUCGUGAUCCUGGAAAAGAUAUAAGGAUAAUAUUUUUACAACUGCCUGGAACUAUUGCGUGGAUAUUAACGGUGAUGCGUGAAGGGGAUGAACCUUUCACGGCAUUCCAAACUCCAGACGGCCCCUAUGAGUAA